AUGUUCCACGGCAUGCUUUUCGCGACACUUAUACUCGCCCUCCUCACGCUGGUCUCUGCGUCCUUGUACCCCGUCCAGCCUAUCCAAAACACCGUGUACUACGCCGGACAGACUGUUCUGACGAGGUGGAUAGAUGAUGGGACUUAUCCGCUGCUUAGCAAUAUGGGGGGUAUUACUAUACAGCUGUGGUAUGAUUCUGACAUGUACCUCGGGACGCUCGCUACGAACGUGAGUCCUGGCGCCAAGGCUUGGCAGUUUGAUAUACCCAGGAGUCUUGUGCAUGAUUCUUCAAAUUUCACUCUGCGUUACAUCACGAAUACGCCAUACGACAUGAUCAUCUACAGCGCCGACUUUACGAUCGUGAUCCAAGGCGAUUCGCUCCCGACAUCUACAUCUGCGAGUUCUUCUUUGGGUGUGACGAGCUCUAGCACUAGCACUAGCCAGAAUCUGUUCUUUCAGGCGACCUCUGCAUCAUCGCCGUCUGCGCCUUCGUCUUCUGGGUCUGAAACUCCAACGCCAUCAGCAACAAACAUCGUGAUGCCUCCCCUCCGUCCAGGCGACGUCGGCAACAUCAACCAACCCGCUGGCAAUAGCAGGAACAGCGGAGGCCGCAUCGAUAUUGAGAAACUCAAGUUCCGCGUGGUGUUUAUUCUGUGGCCGGCCUUGUUGGGGGUUACGAUGGCUCUUUGA